UUCCCCUCUCCCUCCCUUCCCCAGCCUGAGGGGUCUUGAGGUGACAGCGACUGCAAUUGCGACUCCAGCAGGAGGAGGAGAAGAUGGAUAAGGGGAAGGCUGGGAGACGGCGGUCUUCAUCCGAAAUUGUCACAGAAGGAAAAAGGAAAAAGUCUUCAUCUUCUGAGUUACAUAAGAUAACAAAGAUGUUAAAUGCAAAACCAGAGGAAGUUCGUGUUCAGUCACCGCUGCCCAAACUCAGAAGCUCAGGACGCUGGGAUCUCCCUUUGCAGGGGUGGGAAAGAAGCCUAAGAAAUAAGGUCCUCUCACUAGAUCAUAAAAGUAAAAAAGGAGUCUGUGGGCAUCCUGUCGCUUCUAAUACAUCACCAGAAAGGCAACUCAAAGUUAUGUUGACGAAUGUCCUAUGGACGGAUUUAGGACGAAAAUUCAGAAAGACCCUACCUAGAAACGAUGCUAAUUUAUGUGAUGCCAACAAGGUGCAAUCAGACUCAUUGCCUUCGACAUCUGUUGACAGCCUAGAGACAUGUCAAAAAUUAGAACCUCUUCACCAAAGCCUUAAUUUAUCUAAAAGGAUACCCAGAGUUAUAUUGACGAAUGUCCUGGGAACGGAGUUAGGAAGAAAAUACAUAAAGACCUCAUCUGUAACUGAGGCCAUUUUGAGUGAUACAGACAACUUGAAAUCAGAGCAGCUUUCUUCAUCAUCUGAUGGCAGCCUAGAAUCUUGUCAAAAUCUAAAUCCUCACAAGAACUCCUUUUUAUCUGAAAGAGAACGUGAUAAACAUGCCAAAACUCUUGUUACAAAGAUACAAUGUCAGGUAGCAACUAAAAAUUGUCUUGACCUCAGUAGUGGAAGCAGAGGUUCUGAUCAUCUUGAAGAAGGGAGCAGACACAAGGAUUAUACAUAUUCUGACUCAAAAAUGGAACCUACUCUGAUUUCCAAGAAGAGAAAGAAAAGGCUUAGAAGUAAUUUACCUGAUUCUCAUGAUUCUUCUUUGUAUAAGUCAGCAGAACAGACAAAAGAACAAGAAAAUGACUCAACAGUAUCCACUGAGUUUGAAAAGUCAAGUGAAGACUACCAUCAAGACCCAAAACUGCUUGAAGAAAUUACACCUGUACUUAUAGAAAGUGAUUUUACUGAAGUAUCCUUACUUAAUAAUCAAGAGUUGGCUUUGACUGCUGCUCCGAAAAACACCUCUGACUGUUCAACUACUGAAACUUUUGAAAGCCCUAUUUCCACUGAUCCUGUGGGAAAUUCUACCCUAGGUGAGAAGGAUGAGAAUGAGUUGAACACAAUAGAAAAUCCUGUUUUAAGUGAACAGAGUGAAGGGAACCAAUCUUUGAUCUCCACUGAACCAAUUGUUGUUUCCAGUGAUGAUGAAGGACCUGUUGAACAUAAAAGUUCAGAAAUUCUUAAAUUACAACCUAAGCAAGAUCAUGUCAUCACUAAUGAAACUGAGAUUGCUUCUGAAUCAGCAUUGUCAGAACUACCAUUGAUUACAUGUGAAUCUGUACAGGCUUCAUCUGAAUUAUGUCCACAUAAUCCUGUCUUGGAAAACAUUUCCUGUAUUGUACCUAGUGAUGAGAUGGAUCAACAACUGGAUUUUGUACUUACUUCUGUUUAUAUUGGUAAAAUAAAAGGAGCUUCUAAAGGUUGUGUUACNUUUUUUCUCACUCCUAAGUAUAUAAAGAUUCCAUUUCAAGUGUCCCUGAAUGAGGUUUCAUUGCUAGUGGAUACCACACAUUUAAAGAGGUUUGGAUUAUGGAAAAGUAAGGAUGAUGAUCACAGUAAAAGGAGCCAUGCUAUCCUUUUCCUCUGGGUCUCUUCAAAUUAUCUUCAAGAGAUUCAGACCCAAUUAGAAAACUCUAUGUUAAGCCAGCAAUCAAAGUCAACUGAAUUCAUUUUCCUUGAGCUACACAAUCCUAUUUCACAAAGAGAGGAAUUGAAAUUGAAAGAUAUUAUGACAGAAAUAAGUACAACAAAUGGAGAAUUAGAGCUUUCUUCUCCAUUGUCUUGGGUUCAGGCAUUUCCCUUAUUUCAGAAGCUCUCUUCAAAAGAAAGUUCUUUUAUUCAUUAUUACUGUGCCUCAACAUGUUCCUUCCCUGCUGCUGCUGAAGAAAUGAAGAUGAAAUCAGUAUCACAGCCCACAAAUAUGGAUACACCCAAGCCUACUUACACCUUCCUGCAGAAGCAGAGUAGUGGUUGCUACUCACUUUCUAUUACAUCUAAUCCAGAUGAAGAAUGGCGAGAAGUCAGACACACUGGACCUGUUCAGAAGUUGAUUGUGUAUCCUCCACCACCUACUAAAGGGGGACUAGGAGUAACUAGUGAAGAUCUGGAGUGCUUAGAAGAAGGGGAGUUUCUUAAUGAUGUAAUCAUUGAUUUCUAUCUUAAGUAUCUUAUACUGGAGAAGGCUUCAGAUGAACUUGUUGAACGAAGUCACAUUUUUAGUAGCUUUUUCUAUAAAUGCUUGACGAGAAAGGAAAAUAAUUUAACAGAAGAUAAUCCAAAUCUUUCAAUGGCACAGAGAAGGCAUAAAAGAGUAAGGACAUGGACUCGUCACAUAAACAUCUUUAAUAAAGACUAUAUCUUUGUGCCUGUUAAUGAGUCGUCUCACUGGUACCUUGCCGUCAUUUGUUUUCCAUGGUUAGAAGAAGCUGUAUAUGAAGAUAUUCCACAAACUACGUCACAGCCCUCCCAGCCUCAGCAAUCCCAACUUGACAACAAAACAAUAGAUAAUGAUCUACAGACUACUUCAGCACUAUCCUUGGGUACUGAGGAUUCUCAAAGUACUGAUACGAACAUGUCAAUACCAAAGAAAAUGUGUAAAAGGCCAUGCAUUCUCAUAUUAGACUCUUUGAAAGCUGCUUCUAUACAAAACACAGUUCAGAAUUUACGAGAGUAUUUAGAAGUAGAGUGGGAAGUUAAACGAAAAACUCAUCGUGAAUUCAGCAAAACAAACAUGGUGGACCUAUGCCCUAAAGUUCCUAAACAAGAUAAUAGCAGUGAUUGUGGAGUGUAUUUACUGCAGUAUGUGGAAAGCUUCCUUAAGGAUCCUAUUGUUAAUUUUGAACUUCCAAUUCAUUUGGAGAAAUGGUUUCCUCGUCAUGUAAUAAAGACCAAACGAGAAGAUAUUCGAGAGCUCAUUUUGAAACUUCAUUUACAGCAACAGAAGGGCAGCAGUAGCUAGUUAAUCUGUACAAACAUGACACAGAUGUUCUAUACGAUUACUGGAAAGCUACUUAGCAGCAUUUGUGUUAGCCUGCUCACAGAGGAGAAAAUAACUUGCAGUAGUUUUAUAAGUCAUUGAACAUUAUUUAAAAUAUAUAAGAUAUAUUAUUAGAAUUGUUGGGAUCUCAUAGUUGCAGUGGAAGUGGGGGUAAUAUAGAUAAAAUUAUUAGAUAGAAAUUAAAAUUUCAUAAAUAUUUGAUAUUUUUCUUAUUAAAUAUGCUUGGAUUAUGCAAUAGCGUAUGUAAUGUGUGAAUGUUUUUGUAGAUAAUACAACUACGUGAUUCUGUACUUCAAUGUAACUGAGGGUUGAGGGGAGCUAGGUCCUCCCUGGUGCCAGCCCCAGUGCUUGUCAGCUUUGUUGACAAGUCCCGUUAUAUUGUAAUUCUGUUCUUUGCAGCUCAAGCAUGCAGUAUGAAUACUGUGUAUUUUUUUAAAAAGGAAUUUAGUAUUAAGGCUUCAGAAAAUGCCAUUUACGGCAUCCCUUCUGUAUGGUAUAAAAGAAGACAUGACGUUAGGAAGAUGAUGAAAUUCACUCUUUCAAAGCACAGCUUAUUUUUCUCAAUUGCUAAAUGGAACUGUUAGCUCUAAUUGUUGUUUUCCAUUCUUUUGAUGUUAUAUAUGGGGAUCUGAUCAUUUAAUUUAGUUCAUUUAUUCAGAGUGAAAUUUGGUACAAAAAAAUUCAGUUACCCAAAAUAGAUUUCUUAAAAUUAUAUAUGUAGAUCAACAUCAUUUAUUUGAGGUCUGGCUGUAUAUAAAUACCAACUCCUAUCCUAUUUUGAUAUCCCAGAGUAUAUGUUCACAGUUUCUGUAUCAAAGAUAAAAUUGGUGUCCUCAUAACUUAGAAAAAAUGCCCUCAAAAUCUUAUUGUUAGAACUAAGUUUACAAUUUCAGGCUCUGUUUACCCAAUAUUCAUCUGCAAAUAUAAACAGAUUACUCUCAUUGGUUUUAUAUUUUCAAAUUGUAGUUUUUAGAGACCUGUGAUCCCAUGGAAUUUAAGUUUUUAUUUAUCAAAUGUUCAGGUAACAGUUAUGAAUUCAUGUGAUGAUGGUGGUAUUUCAUAUGAUUAAACACUUCCCAGGAAUGUUAUCAGGAAUAUUUUGAAGGGAUGAUUGAUUAUAUUGUAUUUUCUCAGAUAAGAAAAAUGUUUUUUAAGAUUAUUAUUUUAAUCUUCUGUCUUAAGCAUCUCUUGGAUUUAUAACUAUCUAAAGCAGUGAAGCAAAGACAAUUUCAGAUAGAGCGAAAAGUUGGAAUAUUUCAUUUCAAAAUCAAAUGAAUUGAGGUUGUCAUCAGCAUUCUUAAGUUUUUGUUAACCGUGUCUCCAUCUUUAUAUUGUUAAAGAUAGUUGUCUUUUGGAGAUUUCCUAUAAAGAUGGUUAUAAUUAUGUUUCAUUCCUGAUUUGUGUGUGGGGAGGGGACUUUUCUAGAUGACUAUUAAUAAUUUUGUAAAUCUAAUUUUGGGAAAGCAAGUGUAUAAUACACUUUCUUGUGACUUCUUAACUUUUUUGUUCGUAUGUUUUUCAAUGAUACCACUGUCCUUUAUCAUGUUUGGAAGAUUGUUUAAAAUUCAUUUUCCUAAAUUCAUGUGGAAGUAAUGCUUUGAGAAUAUCAACAUUUUGUAUUAAACAUGUUUCCAGUUCAUUAAACUGCGGUGUAAUUUUUUUUUAAAGAAAUGCCAGCCAUGCUUAGAAAUAAAUUUUAAAUUGUAUGAUGCCCAGUGCAUAUCAUA